AUGGGCGACGCUGUCUUGGAUGCCUAUAUCUUAUCAGCCAGGUUCCUGGAUUUUGCUAUCGACGGACCUGAAGACCAAGACAUGUUUGGAUUCAUUCAGUGCUAUUGUACAGAUUCCGCAGAAGUUCCCUCGCGUGCCUCCACGCCGACACCUCCGCUCCCAAAACGACCCGAUAGAGUGCAGUCCCUGUGCCUGGGAUCUCUCAGCGAUCGCGCAAACUGGCGCAUUAGCUCGGCUACCCUACUUGAGAUCAGUGUCUUGGACGACCUAGACGACAACUACAAGAAUAACAAUGAAGGACGAACAGGUGCUUUGCGCGAUGUGGAAGCCGUAGCAGAAUAUCUGCGGAGUGACAACGACAAGGAGUAUCGCCAAAGGGGUGGUAGCCCAGUCUCUGAGUCCAAAUCCUCUCAACAGCAGAACGGACCGCCUUCGCCACAUUUGCUCCAGGGCCCCGAGGCGGCAUAUCAGCAGCAGUUGACUCGGCACACUCGACAGGAACAGAUGCUCAAGCGGUCAUCCCAGGUCAUCCCAGUCCAUCAUAAGCAUCAGAACCAGCGGCAGUUGAAGCACAACAAUAGAGUCCCGUCCCAAUCAACGAUCGGUCCUGAACAUCAACACACCAAGGAGAGGCCGGAGAGUAAAGUGCUGACAGAGGAAGAAAUAGCAAAGCUGGAGAUGUUGUUCCAGAAGAAGAAGGUACUGCAUGAGCGAUUCGAUGACAUAGGUGCUAGCUCGAGCACCGAUGACCUCUUGUCGUCCACGGCAAGGUACUCUGGAUACGGCUGCGGCGAUGGAGAGCGUGCUUUGAGCGCGAAAAAAUCCUGGAUGGAUCGACCAAGUGGCCCCAUCCCGCUUGGUUUUAUGGUCGGACUGAUCUGCGCCUUCACUCUCGUCUACAACGGCGUCCUCAGCGCCUUGGUCUUCCAAGCAAGUCGUUUCCCAGAUGGUAAACCCCAAACAUUCAAGUUACAGUCUUGUCUAUGUCAUCGUGUUCGCUGGACUAACUGA